UUGUGAGUAAAGCUGCUCGUUUUCUCUUUUCCCGUAGAUGUGCAUUUUUGACCAGGAGAACUUCCAGGGCAGGUGUAUGGAGAUUACGGGCGAGUGCAUGAGCGUGUGCCAGGCCGGCUUUGACCGCGUGCGCUCCCUCCGCGUCCACUGUGGCCCCUUCGUGGGCUACGAACAGAUGAACUUCUGUGGGGAGAUGUACGUCCUGGAGAAAGGGGAGUACCCUCGCUGGGACUGCUGGAGCAACAGCUACAGGAACGAGUUUCUCAUGUCCUUCAGACCCAUCAGGAUGGACACAGAGAAGCACAAGAUCUGCCUUUUUGAGGUGGGACAUUUCAAGGGCCGUAAGAUGGAGAUCCUGGAUGACGACGUGCCCAGCCUGUUCGCUUAUGGCUUCACCGACCGCGUGGGCAGCAUCUCUGUGGGCUGUGGCACCUGGGUCGGGUAUGAAUUCCCAGGUUACCGUGGCAGCCAGUACCUGUUGGAGAAAGGUGACUUCAGGCACUUCAACGAGUUUGGCGCCCGGUACCCCCGGAUGCAGUCGGUCCGCCGCAUUCGCGACAUGCAGUUCCACCCCUUCGGCGCCUACAUCAUGGCGAAGAAGUGAGCGCCACCUGUUGGACGGGCAGCAAGGCAAUGGGGUAUUAUUCCCAACCCAGGACAAAGGGAGAGAAAAAUGAGACGUAGAGCGAGUGAAAGGUGCUUGGGGAGGUUGGCUGCAGUGAAGAGGAAGUCAUCCAACCAUAUAUAGUAUUUGUGUGCAGCUGCCAGAAGGGGGUGGUCAUGAUGAAUUUGCAGUCGGCACAUCCGCAGUGGCAGAUGGCAGGAGAUGGAUGCCAGGAGAUCCUCCUUCUCCAGCUCCCUCUUGCUCUCUCAACAUCAAUUUUUCUCUGUUCUCUGCUUCUGAUUUUUCCCUGUUAUUUGCCUGUCUUCCUUUUACCUGAUAUCCAGCUCAGAUGGAGAGAUAUCCAGCGAUCCCUGUAGAGUUAUGCUGUA